AUGGCUAACUGGGGGCGUGGAACCGGUACAGUCUCAGAAAAAAGGCAGGCCGACUCAAGAGUUGAAUCGCUACAUAAUCUUGAGAAUACUAACCCCGUCAUACUCAUCGAGAGAUUCGCGAAAGGUGAAUUCAUCAGCGGCGGUGUAACUGGGAUUGUCGAACUCCUUGAUGAUGGCACAGUUAUCAAGUCUCCCUUUCCUGGCCCUAUAAUGGAAGAUAAUAUCCGGGACAUUGCUAAGGAAGCUAGUAUUUACCAGCGACUUGGCUUCCACGAGAGACUAGUUGGACUUAUCAGCCAUUCUAGAGAUGGAAUUAUACUCGAGUAUAUGCAAAAUGGUGAUCUCAAGACCUAUAUUCAGACCCAUAAGUCGACUCCAAUGAGCCUCAAGUUACAUUGGGCAUACCAAGUGGUGGAAGCUGUCAAACUUCUACAUGAUAAUAAUAUCCUUCACUGUGAUAUAAAGCCACGAAACUUGCUUUUAGACAAGGACUUCAAUAUUAAAAUCAUCGACUUUUCUGGCUCAUCAAUAGAUGGGUCUAAGCAAUCAUCGUGUGAGGGGACUCGAUUUUAUCUACCCCAUCGUGAUUGGAGGGAGCCACCAACGAUAGCAUCAGAUCUCUUUGCUCUUGGUUCAACUCUCUACGAGAUAUUUUAUGGAAGUAGUCCUUUUGAAGACCUUCCCAGUGAUGAAGUGAUAUCUCUUUAUGAAGCUCAGCAAUUUCCAGAUAUUUCCAAUAUUCCCUGUGGCACGAUUAUUGAACAAUGCUGGCAGUCACAAUAUGAGUCUGUUCAGCAAGUACAAGCUUCUAUCCGCAGUGUGAUCAAUAAUGCCGUCUAA